AUGGCCCCGGUUGCUAACACCUCAAACCCUACCCAGGCCCAGGGAAAUAUGCCUGUGAACCCGACCGCCGCUCGCCACGAACAGGCGCAGACGAUCCGCGUGCAGUCUGACCGUAUUGAUUACUCCCCUGAGCACAUCACUGCGCAGUACGAGUACCAAAACACGCACAUUGAGCGCAAGGCCGGCCCGAACAACACCGAAGAGUACGUGGCCUCUCCUUUCAAGAGGGAGUUCCAGUUUCGUACGGAGCGCAAUGUGCCCAAGACUGGUAUGAUGCUUGUUGGUCUCGGUGGUAACAACGGUACCACGAUCACUGCCACUAUCAUUGCGAACCGCAACAACAUCCAGUGGCGCAACAAGGAGGGUCUACAGACGCCGAACUACUACGGCUCUCUUGUGCGUGCCUCUACUGUGCGUCUCGGUACGGACCCUUCCACCGGCAAGGACGUCUGGGUCCCUUUUAGCAGCAUGCUCCCCAUGGUGCACCCCAACGACUUUGUCAUUGGCGGUUGGGACAUUAGUGCCCUUCCGCUUGACAAGGCAAUGGAGCGUGCACAGGUGCUUGACUACGAUGUUCAGCGUCAGCUGUACCCUCUCAUGGCUGACAUCAAGCCCAUGCCUUCGGUGUACUACCCCGACUUUAUUGCGUCGAACCAGGAGCAGCGCGCGGACAAUGUGAUCCCAGGCAGCAAGAAGGAUCACGUCGAGCAUCUCCGCAAGGACAUUCGCGAAUUCAAGGCCAAGAACCAGCUCAACCAGGCCGUCGUUGUGUGGACUGCCAACACGGAGCGCUACUCGGAGAUUAUCCCUGGCGUUAACGACACCGCGGACAACUUGCUCAAGGCUGUCGAGGAGAACCACGACGAAGUGUCGCCCUCGACUAUCUUUGCCAUUGCGUGCAUCCUGGAGAAUGCACCGUACAUUAACGGUGCGCCGCAGAACACCUUUGUGCCUGGUGUCAUUGAGCUGGCUGAGCGCCACAAGGCGUUUAUCGGCGGCGACGACUUGAAGACGGGCCAGACCAAGGUCAAGAGUGUCCUUGCCGAGUUCCUUGUCAACGCCGGUAUCAAGCCACUCUCUAUUGCCAGCUACAACCACUUGGGCAACAAUGACGGCUACAACCUCUCCUCGCAGAAGCAGUUCCGCAGCAAGGAGAUCAGUAAGUCGAGCGUCGUCGAUGACAUGUGCGAGGCCAACCAUUUGCUCUACAAGAAGAACGGCAAGGCUGAUGGCACCGUCACCAAGGGCGAGCGUCCUGACCACUGCAUUGUGAUUAAGUACAUGCCUGCGGUCGGCGACCAAAAGGUUGCUAUGGACGACUACACCAGCGAGCUCUGCAUGGGUGGCCGCAACCGUUUGUACGUCACCAACAUUUGCGAGGACUCGCUCUUGGCCAGCCCCCUUUUGAUCGAUCUCGCUGUCCUUGCCGAGCUCAUGACGCGCAUUCACUACCGCGUCACGGAAGACGCCGACCAGGAGUGGAAGUCGAUGUACUCGGUGCUCAGUCUUCUGAGCUACAGUCUCAAGGCUCCGCUUGUCAAGCCCGGCACGGACGUGGUCAACAGUUUGAACCGCCAGCGCGCCGCUGUGACCAACUUUUUGCGUGCCUGCCUUUCGCUUGCGCCCGAGAGCGACAUGCUUCUCGAGACCCGCACCUGGUAG